CCACCAUCCUUGCUGACAUACAUCCAUUGGAACCCACUAGACCAUAACCAGAAGAAAACGAAAUAAGAUCUGAGGUUGUGAGCCUUGGCGGGGAAACAAAGACGAUCUUUCCCACAUCCCUACAUCGCCUUCUUUCUCCAUUCGCAUCUCCUUCCACUUGAUCCAUCCAUACAGACACACCCUUAUUCACCAUGAAGUUCGGCAAGGCACUCGAGACGAACGCAGAGACCAUGCCCGAGGAAUGGCGUCCCUAUCUUAUCCAGUACAAAUCACUCAAGAAAAAGAUUAACGCCAUCGUCAAGGAGCUCGAUGACCGGGGAUUGCCUUCGCCCAUUAUCAAGGACCUACUCUCUCAGUCCAUGUCGGGAGAUAUGCAUAGACUCGAGUAUUCCUUUGACGAGGACAAGGAACAUCUCAAGACCUGUAUCAAGGUCGUUAUUGGGCCAGGAACAAUCGGUGCAAGUGCGUUUGGACCACCACCUGCAACACAGGAAGGGCACCUUUCGAAAUUCUUUGCCCAUGAACUCGCUUUUCUCAACUCCUCAGCCUCGUCCUCCUCGAGCGACCUGCAUGAAGGACUGGACCGCGCCCCCAACGAUAGCGCAGAGGACCCUUUGGACGAUGUUACAGCCAACUCAGAGGCGCCUGAGAACUCUUCAGUCAGUGACGAAAACAGCGCAGGGGUUAAGGGCGAAGCAGAUGACCAUAUGUCUGCAGCCAAUAAUUCCAUUGCUACAACUGCAGGAACAGUCGAAAACAGCAGUGCGCCAAAAAUGAAAGAUCGCCCGCACGGACCCAUUUCAGGCACAUCCCUUGCCGAUGUCCUUUCGCCGCUCUCUCAACCUCCCAUCCAGGCUGGCGACAUCCAAGACAACCCGCACGAACAGCCUACCUCAGCACCAUCCUCACCCGUACCAACAGCAGAGCCACCCUUACCUUCUUCAGCAUCCACAUCGCCAGGGCCGUCAUCGCCGUCGUCCACGGUCGCUUCAGAGGCAAUAUCCAUGGAGACCCUCAUCACUCCUGGUGCUAUGCACGGGAGGACAACUCAUAAUCAGCCUCACGUCGGUCGGUCGAGAAUCUUGACAACAGAAGAGGACGGCAAAAAGGUUCUCGUUAUUGAGCUCACAGCAGACACGGCGUUUUUCGAUCAACUGGGAGAGGAGGUUUCACAGCUCAGCAAGCUGCAGCAGGCCAAUAAACAGGAGUUUGAAUCCAAAGUCGAAGAUCUCAGCAAGAUCCUGACUGUUGUGUCUUCGCCACAGAACAAGGACAUGUACACAUGGAGAGAGAUCCUCAAGGUCUAUUUGGAUGCCCAGGUCUUUGUCGGCGGCAACGAGGCGGACCGUUCCACACGAUCAUCCGAAAAGGCACAGCAGCAGCUCCAGUGGUUCUUGACGGAGAUGGAUCGCAGCAAACUGGUUCAGAAAUUCAAGCAAUCGAAAUCCAAGAUCGCGUUCAACGCCUUCUUUCAGUUGAAUUCGGAACUGAUCACGAUGAAGCAGUUCAGGGAACUGAACCAGAUGGCAAUGACAAAGAUUCUCAAGAAACACGACAAGCGGACUAAUCUUACCGCGAGCUCUGGUUUUCCAAAGCAUCUCCAGAACGAACCGUUCUACACCGAUAACAUCUCAAAAUCGCUCACCUACACGAUUGGGAACCAAUUGGUGUCGAUCAUCCCUCAACCGGACGAUUAUUCGUGUCCCAUCUGCAUGUCUGUGGCAUGGAAGCCGAUUCGACUGCGAUGCAAACACGUUUUCUGUGUGAGGUGCCUAAUCAAGGCCCAACGGAAGAGGAUGAUCAACUGUCCGGUGUGUCGACAGACCAACUCUGUGCUCGAGGCGGACGCCAGCAACUUGGACGUGUCGAUGAUGAACUUUAUGGAGAUGUACUUUCCAAAGGAGAUCAAGGAGAAGCGUAAGGAAUCCGGUCGCGAACAGGCCAAGGAGGAAAUGGAGGCAUUUACGGGACAACGGUGGUCAGAGGUUCCGGAUACUACAUGCAUUCUUAUGUAGAGUCCUUGGCCCUCCCCUGUUUAUUUUUCCUGUAUACUUCAUGGUGUCGACUGCAUCUACCUUCUUCCCUUUCUUUAUACCACUACCAUGUAUACACACCUGUAAUCUAUUCAGCACAAUCUACUGCCAUAAUAAACGCGUUUGACGGCAUUGAAGAG